CAGAUGGUAUUUCUUAUCGUAUCGACAACACAUUACUCACAAACUCACAAAGUGAAAAGUGAAACUUGAAAGCUGCUCCGCGACCGGUUAGCGUAAUCGGUGUAUAAGUAUUUAAAGAGAUUUUGGGUGCCACCCUACUUUGGACAAUUUUGAGUACGCUCGAGGCUAGAAAAUGUCGAUCAAUCUGCGAACUGUUUACGCCUUUGCCAGGGAAAUGUACCCCAAAAUUUCCACGGAGUACGUGCAGUAUGGAACAGCUGGGUUUCGCGGCAAGGCCGAGUUCCUAGAUAGCGUCAUGUUCCGUAUGGGAGUGCUUGCCACGUUACGUUCUAGAUAUCGCGGCGGUGCUGUCAUCGGCGUCAUGAUCACUGCCUCUCACAAUCCGGAACCGGAUAAUGGAGUGAAACUAGUCGACCCCAAGGGGGAAAUGUUGGAUGCCAGCUGGGAGUCCAUAGCCACGGACCUGGUCAAUGUAAGCGACCAGGACCUGGAGCAACAUGUAGCGAAAAUAAUUAAGGACAAUAAUAUCGACAUUACGUCGAGUUCCCAUGUGUUCGUCGGCAUGGACAAUCGUUACCACAGCCCGCGGUUACUAAAGGCGGUGGCAGACGGCGUGAUAGCACUGAAAGGGAACGUAAGGGAAUUCGGAAUUGUGACCACACCCAUGCUCCACUUCUUUGUGGUGGCGGCAAACACUAAGGAGGCGUACGGAAAGCCCACCGAGGAAGCAUACUACGAGAAACUUAUCAGCGCCUUCGAGUCUCUGCGAAAUGGUCAGCUAGAGAACGGAAACUAUAAGAACAACGUGGUCUUUGAUGGCGCAAAUGGAGUCGGUGCUAGGAAAAUGUUACAGUUUAUUAAGCGUAUGAAUAAGUCGUUAAACAUAUCAGUUAUUAACCAAGGAAUUGGACCUGGCAAGAUCAACGAUGAGUGUGGAGCCGACUACGUCAAAGUGCAACAGCGGCCGCCCAUAUCCAUGCCCAUUGUGGAACCUUUCACGCGAUGUGUGAGUGUGGAUGGCGAUGCUGACCGAGUGGUUUACUUCUUCACCAACGACAAGGGCGAGUUCCAACUGCUGGACGGAGACCGCAUUGCCACGCUAGUCGCUGGAUACCUAAUGGACUUGGUAACGCGGAGCGAGAUAGAUCUGCGUUUGGGACUGGUUCAAACUGCGUAUGCCAAUGGGGCGUCCACCGAUUACAUUGUAAACGAACUGAAAUUCCCCGUUUCUUGUGUUCCAACCGGUGUUAAGCACCUUCACCACAAAGCCCUUGAAUACGACAUCGGCGUGUACUUCGAGGCAAAUGGUCAUGGCACAAUUGUCUUUAGCGACCACGCGAAAGCCACAAUUGCAACAGCUGCGGAAACGAAGGCUAGUGCCAAGACCUUGCUGCUCCUGAUUGAUCUCAUUAACGAAACUGUUGGUGAUGCCAUCUCAGAUAUGCUGCUUGUAGAGACGAUUUUAAACCACAAAGGCUGGGAUGUUAAAGACUGGAUAUCCACAUACAACGACCUCCCAAACCGACAGCUGAAAAUUAAAGUCCAGGAUAGGAAUGUCAUCGAAACCACAAAUGCGGAGAGAGAUUGUGUCAAGCCGGAAGGUCUGCAAGCGGAAAUAAAUAAGGUGGUAUCGAAUUACAAACGUGGACGUUCCUUUGUGCGACCUUCCGGCACAGAGGAUAUAGUAAGAGUGUAUGCUGAGGCUGCUACCAGAGAGGACACAGAGAACUUGGCCUACGAAGUGGGAGUACUUGUUCAAAGACUGGCCGGAGGAGUCGGACCGGAGUUGACACAACCAGGCAGUGCACAUCUCUAAACCAGUUGAUCCAAUCUCAUCCAAAAGCCAUACUUUUCUAUUUUUUCCACUAAAUUCUCUCACGCAAUCAAUCUCUGCCUUUAUGCGCUCACUUGUAAAAGUUGUCUGACAAUAACUUUCAAAUGCAUUUAUAUAUUUUUAUGGUGUAUACGUA